UCGUGUAGGCUAUAAGUUAUGCAGUUAUCCAUGCACUCCAUACAUUAUAAACAUUAAAUAAAUGAAUAAAAGAAAGACAAUAAACUCCAUGUGAAGAAAGAAUAACUGUACAACAUUCAACUGCUAUAACACAGUCACAGGCAAACGUUAGACUACUCUUAACAAAUGACUGUCAAAGAUGUGUGUGUGUGUGUGUGUGUGUGUGUUAGUAUGUGUGUGUGUGUGUGUGUGUGUGUGUGUUAUGCAGGCUAUAGAAUAUGCAAUGCAUGCUUUACACGUAAUAGGGGGGGUGAGACAGUGACAGUUACGUGGUGUGUGUGAGAGCGAAUGAGUGUGUGUGUUUGUAGGGGGACUGUGAAGACUCAGCACAUCAUUCAGAGGAUGACAGAGGCCACGAGGAAGAGUCACGGUCAGCAGUGCAGGACAACAUGACCUCAGUGCUGCUGAUGGGAAACAGGCAUGAAGAAUGAUAAUGCAGGCGAUCUGUGCCAUCAGAUGACUCUGAAACAGCCUGAUGCAACAGCAAAGUUUUCUACACUCCAGAGAGCCAACUGUUUGUGACCAGUGUAGGCGCUGCUGUUUCUCAGGAGCCGGAGCAGCAGGAAUAAUAUCCUGCCAAGACCCAACUUAACACCAUGGUUGUCAAAGGGUCAAAGGAUGAGCAGACGUCCCCAAGUGGCUCUGUGGGAAGAAGCCCCAGCCAACAAAACAGAUCGAACCAGCCCUUACCACAGCAUUUGGGAACUCCGCAACAUUUUACUUCUAAUGAGACUAUUUCACCAGAUUACGAGCCACGGGAGUACACUGAGACAGACUCUCUGCUCCUAAAUGAACACUAUAGUGGGUCAAGGUUCAGUGGAUCCAAUAAGGCAAAGAGUCCAAAUGGCGCUGGUGUGCCUGCUGAGUCAGUCUGCUCCAUGGUGCUGCAGAUACUGGUGCCAUUUCUGCUGGCUGGACUGGGAACAGUCUCUGCUGGGAUGCUGCUUGAAGUGGUUCAGAGCUGGGACGUGUUUCAGGAAAUCACAGAGAUCUUCAUUCUGAUUCCUGCUGUAUUAGGCAUGAAGGGGAACCUGGAAAUGACUCUGGCCUCCAGACUCUCCACUGCUGUGAAUGCAGGAAAAAUGGAACUUGUCAGAGAAAAGUGGAUGUUGAUCAUUGGGAACCUGGCACUCAAGCAGCUACAAGCCACAGUGCUCGGCCUUUUAGCUUCCCUAUUGGCAAUCUUGUUGGGCUGGAUGGCAGAAGGAAAGAUGCCCUUUAAUCACGCAGCGCUCCUGUGUUCAACCAGUGUCUCUACUGCCUUUGUGGCUUCAAUGUUGCAAGGUAUUAUCAUGGUGGGAGUGAUUAUUGGCUCCAAGCGGAUGGGAAUCAACCCUGACAAUGUGGCCACACCCAUGGCAGCCAGCUUUGGGGAUCUCAUCACUCUUGCCUUGCUGGCCGGCUUCAGUCAGUGGUUUUACUCCUUCAGAGAACUGUAUCCCUAUGUGUUGUAUCUGGUGGAUCUGUUAUUCUUGUGCCUGAUCCCUCUCUGGGUGGUCAUCUCCUCCAAACACCCGGCCAGUCACAUCCUGCUCUACACAGGCUGGGAACCAAUCAUAACAGCGAUGGUCAUCAGCAGUAUUGGGGGACUUAUUCUGGACAAGACUGUGUCAGAUCCAAACCUGGCAGGAAUUAUAGUUUAUGCUCCAGUCAUAAAUGGUAUUGGAGGAAACCUUGUCUCCAUACAGUCUAGUCGUAUUUCUACUAAUUUGCAUUUGAACUACUCACCUGGAGAGGUUCCUGAAGACCGUAAGAGCUGCUUCAACCCUUGUCGCACUUUCUUUGGUUCAGGAGCAAACCAUCGAUCUGCCCAGGUUCUGCUUCUACUGGUCAUCCCUGGUCAGCUUAUCUUCAUAUACAGCAUUCACUUGUUAAAAGGAGGCCACACUUUGCCCAGCCCUCUCUUCAUUGUCGCCUUCUUGUCUGCUUCCCUGAUUCAGGUCCUCUCCCUGCUGUGUAUAGCUGACUGUAUGGUCCACUGUCUGUGGCGGAGGGGUAAAGACCCCGACAGUUACUCAAUACCCUACCUCACAGCCCUUGGAGACCUACUGGGGACCGCUCUCCUCUCUCUUGCCUUUCUCCUGCUGUGGUGCAUUGGUGACUCAGGCAGUGUAUAGCUUCAUAACAAGAGCAUGUUUGAGGAAGAACAAACACAAUUGAAGAUCAGUAAUCUCAAAAUAAAAAAUAGAAGGCCAAAAAAACUGAACAUUUAUCAGAGUCAUCCAUUUCUUGUCCACAAUUCUUUUUGCCCUUUUCAUCUUCAUCCAAGUAGUGGCAGUCAUUAGCUGCUCCGUCUCCACAGUUUAUUCUUCUGACUUCCUGACAACAUUGUGUCAGAGGUUUCUGACACAUGUUCUCCUCAGGUGAGCGCACAUCUUUACUACCAGGCAGCACAGUUUUCUGUAUUACAGGAUGUUUAAGACAUACUCAACACUCAUUGCAGUUUCUGUUUCAUAGCAACUUGUCAGACACACAGACAAACACGGCUAAAGAAUUAACUCAUGCACUUAAUAUAGCAAACCUCUUGUUGUAGGUCCACGGUUUUGUCACUUUUUAUCUGUUACAUCUGUUUGUUUUUUUAAAAAUUUUUGAACACUGAACGGAGGGAAAUGAAAGCAGAAUUAUAUGGCCCCAAUGUGGAAUAUAAUAUUGGUUGAUAUUGAUAUUUUAAUGUUUAUUUUUUAGUGGGCAUAUGGGAAAUCCCAGUGGGCAUAUGGCGUACAUGCGUAUCAUGCAGGAUAGAUACAUCAUGGGGUAUACCAAUUGCUGAUUCUACUUGUUCACUUUAAACAGCAUUUGAACCAAAAGUCUGUAUUAAUUUUGAUGAGAUCAGAUCAAUUUGGUCUUCUGAAUUACACCUGAAUUUUAUUUUUGUAGUCUGGAUACAAUUGUGCAUUUGCUGCAUUUUUUUUAGAAGUCAGACUGUGUGAUGUGAUUUGUUACACCACACAAUAAUGUUUGUGGAGCUUGUAAUCCCCUACUGUACAUCACAACUGUGGUUUGUUUUCCUAAUUCGCAAGCAAUUCUGAUUAUGAUAUGCAAAAUGUGCGCUCCUCUACUUGCAGAAAGUAUUUAAAGAAAUAAAGGUCUUUUCUUGUGUGUGUAGCGAGCCCCUUCUUCACUUUUGAUAAUCUUAUUUCUUAAGAGAUAAGAUUUGUGUCUGGUUUUGUAGGGUUGUUGU